AAGCAUACCCACUAACUAAAACCUAUAAAAUCGGAAUCCCCUAAAUAUUGUCUUCGAGCGGCAAAAGAGUGAAGUUAAAAGAAAAAUUAUAAACAGUACACAUAAAACUAGGUUUCGUUAUAUGGCUCCGUGUAAAUAUUUGGUUUCAAAAAGAGCCUACCUAUAAAAAGUUAGAAAACCGCUGUCAGGUGACAUAUAACUUAUUACCCAAACAAUUUUAAUUAAAUAUUAAAUUAAUUUCAUUAUUUCAACUACAAAAGACAAUUUAAGAAAUACAUAUUUUUUGCUUAUUGUAUCAGAUAUAAUAAGUAACUGAGUAAAGCGAUUCACCUGCACAGAUAAACCUCACAGGUUUUCGUGUAGAUAUUUGAACGUAAACUCAAUAGCACGUCUGGUUAUUCAAAACCGACAAAUUUCUCUACUCUACUCUCUUUGUGCGUGACCCCGAGUAGAUGUUAGGUACAUGAUCCUGCAUAAUGUUUUUAUCUUGUUCCAGUCUUUUCAAUAAGUUGUUUUUCACGUGGCGGGUUUUUUGUUCUUUAUUUUAUAAUUUUAUUUACGUCUUUUUACUUAUAUAAAUUACCAGGUUGGUUCAGAAGUCGAAAGAACAAAGUCCAUAAUUUUAAACUUUCUCAUUGUAUUAUUUUUAUUAGAAUUACGGUAAUGAUAACCAUGAAAUAGUUUUUGGAAUCCUUGUAUUGAGCCGUUUAAUUAGAUGUCCAUGUUUUUAUAUUAAAAAAAAUAAACUUUUUUUAUCAUUAAAUCUAAUGGCGUAGCAUAGCCGCCAUAUUUGGUUUUUUCAACGUUACCUAUCUGAGAACAGUUGGACUACUAAGACAAAUCUAACGAUACCUCAAUUAUCUAUCCGUUCAGCGACUAUAGCGUUUCUAAAAAUAUGAAGUAAUAAAGAAUAUUACAUGCAAGAUACGCACGAAACACAACCCUUCCUUUACUGUCGGGUAAAUACAACUACCGAAAUGACUAGAGAAAACAUUUUUAACUCUACUCAUCAAUUGCAGUUUUGGACAAACGUGUACAUAAUACAAUGGAUUUCGACGCAAUCCUAGAAGACGUCGGAGAAUUUGGCCACUACCAGAAGCUGGUUAUAUACCUAGUGUUGUUGCCGGCGGUGUUGCCGUGCGGGUUCCAUGCGUACGCGCAACUGUUUAUGGCGGCUGGUGUCACGCACUGGUGCCGCGUGCCUGAACUUGAGCAUAUCUCUGAUAUCGAACUUAUCAAGAAUAUCAGUAUACCCUUAGAAGAAAGAAAUGGUAAUUUGCAAUAUUCACAAUGCAGUAUGUACAACUUAAACUACAGUGACAUACUGAAGAAUCAUCAAAGUCUUGAUGAGGUUAUCGCUAGAGACUUGUCAGGUGAUAUUAUACCGUGCAAGAAUGGUUGGACUUACGACAAAAAUAUUUACAGAAACACGGUAGUUACAGAGUGGAAUUUAGUUUGCAACGACGACUUUCUACCAACUCUGGGACUGGUAUUGCUAGCAGCUGGAGGCAUCAUAGGCAACUACAUUUUCGGCUACCUCCAAGACACCAUCGGAAGGAAGCCUUCCUUUUUCAUAUAUCUUCUCAUUGAAUGCAUAUUCGGCGUCGCUACAGCAUUCGCCCAGAACUACGUCGUGUGGGUGAUUUAUAGGAUCGGAGUGGGGUUUACAGUCCCUGCUAUUAUGGCUACACCCUAUGUUUUGGCAAUCGAACUGGUAGGACCUCGAUGCAGAACCUUAUGUACAAUACUAUCUAAUAUUGCGUACUCAUUGGGCUUAAUACUGUUGGCCGGUGUUGUGUAUUUAGUUAGAGACUGGCGUCACUUAGCUUUGGCGACCACUCUGCCAUUCGUCUGCUUCUUCCUCUAUCUUUGGCCGAUGCCAGAAAGUCCAAGAUGGUUGUUGGCUCGUGGUCAGUUCGAAAAAGCAGAAGUCAUUUUGAAAAAUAUGGCGAGAAUAAAUGGGAAAUCUCUACCUGCCAAUUAUAUGGUACAUUUGAGACGAAAAUAUGAAUCAGAUAAAUUGAAGCAAGACAUUGAAAAGGAAAAAUUGCGAAAGUACGGUAUACUGGAUCUGUUCAGGACACCUAAUUUACGGAAGAAGACCAUAAUAAUCACGUUCAUAUGGUUUACGAACACCAGUGUGUACGUCGGUUUAUCUUACUACGCCCCGGUACUAGGAGGAGAUGAAUUCCUAAACUUUUUCCUUGCUGGAAUAGUUGAAUUGCCAACUUAUUUGUUUCUUUGGCCUUCGAUGGAGAGAUUGGGAAGGAGAUGGACUCUUUGCAUGAGCAUGGUUGUUGGUGGGAUUGCUUGCUUGACCACAUUUUUAGUGCAACAUGAAACUUAUGUUACUCUAGCGCUAUACUGCGUGGGCAAGAUGGGCAUAUCAUCGUCUUUCGUUGUUCUGCCCCUAAUGGCGUCUGAACUCUACCCUACAGUAGUGAGGGGACUCGGUAUGAGCUUGAGUUCCGUAUUGGGCAUGCUGGGCCCAAUUUUUAUACCACUUGUAAACUACUUAGUAAGUAACUCUCAGAUUUAUAUAUAAAUAAUAUUUUAAUGGCAUUACUAGUUAUCAUUCGUUUUGCGAUUAAGAAGGUUAAACAAUAGGGUAUUUGA